GCACCUGCGUUACACCUCGUCAAGGACAAUGUCCACGACAACAAAUCGCCCACGCUACGGCGCCAUGAAGCGCCCGCAUGACCUCUCAAGCGCAUGUGAAAGCGACGACAGCUGCCCCCGCGCCAACCCGCCCAAGCGGCACAAGCCCGACAGCGACAACAACGAUGAUCUGCCAUCCCACACCUCCGCGCCAGUCAACGACUCGCGCGGCGACGUCACUACCGAGGAAGACGGCGGCGGCAAGAAUCUGGAGCGCGCGCCCUCGCCAGAGACCGUCAGCGCCAUCUCGUACCGCAACGAUACCCUAGCCGCCUUCAACAUUGUCGUUGGCUCCGAGCUGCCGCCACGCCUCAAGGAAUGGACGGAUGGCAUACUGGAGUGGGCACGCAAGAACGUCGCGGACUGGGAACGAUUCAGAGCGACGGCUGACGAAUGGAGGCGCACGAGCACGGAUAUUGAUAGCAGGUCACUGGGCAAAGAGGAGUGGACAUCGUCGCUUCAGAACGCCAUUACCGGCGUGAUGAGCGCACAGUCGGAUGACCUAGUUCACUCUAUCAAUAGCAGUGCAAUGGCCUGGGUACCAGUGCUCCUGCCUAGGGAACGUAAAGGUUUCUCGGCACCCAAGUCCGGAUUAAAGACGCCUCGCCCGGACUCCUACGUCGGUUUCACCACCGCGGCCUUCACGACCGGGCCGCCCUUCCUCAGCAACUAUUUCCUUAGCAACUUGAAUAUCUGCGGGGCCGGACACGCUAGCACACCCAGCCCCGAUCCUUUGGAUUGCCGUUACCCGUUCCUGAUCAUCGAAGCCACAAGCGGCGCCACGGGCGGCCUUUUGCAGGCGCAGAACCAAGCCGCACUGUCGGGCGCCUGUGCGCUGAACAUCUUGCAGGGACUCAAGAAGAUGGGUGCUAAGGCUAGGCGAUCUUCGCACGAUACUACUACUGUCUCCAAACGUAAUCGCGAAAAGCGAGAGCACUACCUCGCCGACCGUACUCUCAAGGAGCAGCGGGAUGCGUGGGUGGCGGCGGCUUCGAAAUGGAUUCAUCCACAGCCUCCUCAGCUUGCCGUCUUCUCGCUGACGACAGAUAGCAGCGUCCACGAGCUGUGGAUCCAUCACUUCAACGCCGCGAAGGAAUACCGCAUGUCCCGACUGGGCGUUUUCGACUCGACUGACCCGAAGAGCCAGGACGAGCUGUUGGUGCGGCUGGCGGCAAUUGCGGCAUGGGCUGAUGGGGAGUUCCGAGAUUGGUUGGCGGACAACCUUGGCGAGUAUGCGGAGCUAUCUGUUAAAGGCAGAUUAUAGCUGGCGAGAGUUUGCGCGCCGGUUUGCAAGCCUGGACCGUCAUGGAGAGGGGAUUGUUGUAUGCCGUUGCCGCUAGAGCCAAAAGAAUAUGGUAGUUGUCUUCUUGGAGAGUGGAAGCUGCUGCUGGCGCAAGUGUUGGGACCAGUCUUGCGACAAAGAGCUGUUUCCUCUAACUCACCUUCAAUUGUACACCCUCGCCCAAGCCCACCCUAGCAAACCUAGGUCGGAGGACGUCUUCCCAGGUUC